AUGACAAAGCACCAUGCUGCACAACCUCGGGCGGGAACUGGACGGAUAUGGGAAGAGGGGAAGCUGUCUGCAAAUCACUUUGGCCGAGAAUCUCCAUGGUAUUCCCCACCACUCACUGCGUCAUGCCGGUGCUAUACCGCUUGCCGGGUUUUUGUAAGCUUUUCGAUGGUCAUGUCACUCGUCCGCACGGCAGGACAGGCGUUGCGCUGGUUGCACAUAUAA